AAGUGUACGGGAGCCCUCAGGGACUCCCAAAUGGUCAAGUGCCUUUACCGUCCCAGCUUCCUGUCGUAUUCCUCUAGCUUCACCACCACCACCGGCCCCUUUUAAACACCUUUUUUUAUCCACACUUUUUUUUAGAUGUUUGAGCGGUCUGGCAGGAGCCACUUUCAUUACUGCUGCUGAUCCCAGAGGAACCCAUUCAGAAUAACAGAAAGCAGAAAGCAAAACUCUUGAAACUUUGUUGGGAUUUCUUUCGGGUUGAGAGUACUUUCUACUAUGAAGCAAACUUGGGACAAGGGCGUUUUUGAAAACGGACAGACUAAAACUGCUGGGAAUGUCGGGAAGGCUGUUGAGCACCUCCAGAGUACCUCAGGGGAAAAGCUUGAUAAUUCGCCUGCUCCUCUGGGUGGUGCUCAUGGUGGAGUGGGCCAGAAUCUGCUGCUGAGUCCUGCCAGUCUACAGCUGGCUCAGCUUCAGGCCCAGCUCACACUGCACCGCCUCAAACUCGCCCAGACCACCAACACUGCCGCCGCAGCCACUGUCCUUAAUCAGGUCCUCUCCAAUGUGGCCAUGUCCCAGCCUCUCUUCAACCACCUUCGGGGUUCAAGCAUGGGCCAGUCCCAUGGCGGAGCCUUUCCACCUCCACCUAUAGCCUUCCCACCUCCGAAUGCUGCUCUGGGACAACUGGGAGGUGGUGGCUUUACUCCAAAUCCCACUGGGAUGAGACCUAGCACCUUCAGCGGAGUGUCUAACCAGAAAUCUAGUCAACACAAUGACUUCAGCAAGAAAUCUGGAACAUACCCGGCAGAUAUGGACCGUCGCUUGCAGUUUGGAUAUCUGGGAGGAACUUCUAGUAAAGUAUGUGAUGGAGGACAGUAUGGUGGAGCCAACACACAACCCAGAAACAAUGUCCAGGCCAAUUUCCAGAGAGACUUCUAUUCUUCUGAAAGCCAAGUACAACAAACUGGUUUCAAAGGAGGAAGCAAUGAUCAGAGUCUGGGAUCUCUUUCCUCGUCCAGCUCCAAGGAUCAAUGGAAAGGUCCGAUGAACUUGGGAAAGAUGGAUAUAGUUGCAGGAGCAGUUCCUGGGGGAUGGGUUCCACCUGGAUCAGGAUUUUUAGGUCAGAGAGCAGAGUUGUAUAACCCAGAGGAACCCACAGCAGAUCCUAAAUUCAACUCAACUUGUGGCCCAGGGAUUGGCCCACCCAUUGGGCAACAAGUGGGAUUUCAACCACAGCCACAGGUUGCCCAAGUGGAGGAAGGUGGGACCUUGUCAUUACAGCCCCACCAGUUCAAUGACUAUCACGGGACGACACCUUCACACCUACCCCAUCAAUGCACCAUUUGUGAGAAGAAGGUUUACAACUUGAAGGACUGGGACCAGCAUGUGAAGGGCAAGUUACAUCUGCAAAACUGUUCGCUCUACAACGAAAGCCCGGCACUCACGGCAGUGCACUUUCCAGUGUCGUCUGAAGGAUGUCUCAACAUGGCGUUGAGUAACACCAUGGCGUACACAUCGGCUGCCAGUCAAGAUGUUUCAACUGGAAGUACUUCCUAUUUGCCUGGCAAUGCCAUGAAGUCCUUUCCUCUCUCAGGGGCGGGAUUUCCUAUUCACCAAUCAGGAGCAAAGUUUAUUCAGCGGAAAGCAUGUCCGGGUCGUGUGGUGCACAUCUGUAACCUGCCGGAGGGAAGCUGCACAGAGAAUGAUGUCAUCAACCUGGGUCUUCCGUUCGGCAAAGUGACCAAUUACAUCCUCAUGCGCUCCACACACCAGGCUUUUCUAGAGAUGGCGUAUGUGGAAGCGGCUCAGGCUAUGGUUCAGUAUUAUCAGCUCCAGCCGGCCACUAUUAAUGGACAGAAACUGCUGAUCCGCAUGUCUAAGAGAUACAAAGAGCUGCAGCUGAAGAAACCAGGGAAAGACGUCGAUUCAAUAAUCCAAGACAUCAAUUCGCAGAGAGAGAGAGAUGAGAUGCAGGAGACUGACAGGUAUCUGCCAGAGCGUGCUCGAUCCCGCAGUCCCAUCAGUCGAUCUCUGAGUCCUCGUUCUCACAGUCCCAGCUUCACCUCCUGCAGCUCUGCCCACAGUCCACCGGGACCAUCCUGUCGGCCCGACUGGAGUAACGGCAUGGGCCCCCGGCGGCCCUCCUGGGACUGGACAUCCCAUUCAAGAGGGGACGAUGACCCAAGAGACGACUGGAGGAACGAAGAGGAUGACCGACCAAACGGAUGGCUGUCAGAGCGCAGGAAACCGUACCUUAAACCAGGCGAGCGCAUCAGUCCUCGAAUGGGCCCCGGAGACGAGCGGGGCAGAGACUGGUACUCCUACCACUGCAUAGAUGACUUUUACAAGAAAGACUCGCUGUAUAAGAGCGAUAAACUGAGGACGCAGCAUCAGAGACAUGAAGGGAAGACCAAGAGAAGGGAAGAUUAUCAUAGAUCUCGACACUCGGAGUCAGACCUGACGGACGAUAUGAGCUGCAGUCGGACACUUGAGGACAGAGGACGCAGCAAGAGGACGAGUCGGAGACCUGACAAGGAGACAGAAAAUCAGAAAGAGGAACAUAAAGCCAAAGAAAGAUUGGCAUCUCCUCAGAACAGCAAACCUGCCGAGUCCUCAAAGUGUGACAAACAUGGUGACUCUGAGGCACAGGAUAGUGGAGAUGAUGGAGAGGAGGAGGAGAGCUGGUAUCCUAAAAGCAUGGAGGAACUGGUGACUGUGGAUGAAGUAGGAGGAGAAGACGACUCAAUAGUUGAACCUGAUCUACCUGAUCUUCAAGAGGACCAGCAGAGAGUCGAAUCUGUUCAAUCGACAGCAGAGAGCCCUAAAACUACUGCAAAAUCCUCAACCGAAGCAGCAGAAGUGCCUGUGGUCGACCCCCCUGACCCCCCAGCACUGGAUCUGACCCCUGAAGAACCCUCUGGAUGUCCUCAGUCCAGCCUUGGAGAAACAGCGAUCGUCCCAGAGCAGACGGUUUCUCAGCUCAACCUUUUUCCAUCCCAAGAGUUCAGAUGCGCUUUGGAGGAGACCUGCACUGACGGCAGCACACACACACACAUACCAGAUGAUCCCCCAGACCACACAGUUGCGGGGGAGAAGAUGACAGAGUCCAUUAAUGAUGAGGGGAAAACAGCAGAGAUUGACAACAAGGAAGCAUCUCUCAAACUGGACAGUCAGAAGAAAGAUAUUCCUGACUCAUUGCCAGCUGCUUCACCUCAGGCAUCAGACAUCUCAGCCGCGUCGCCCUCUCAGGAGCAGGAGAAGGCCAUCAGCGAACACAGCAUACCAUUAGGUGUGGAGUUCAUCGUGCCGAGGACGGGAUUUUAUUGUAACCUCUGUGGUUUGUUUUACACCAGCGAACAAACUGCUAAGACGUCACACUGCCGGAGUACAAUUCACUACAGGAACCUGCAGAAGUAUCUGUCGCAGCUUGCGGAGGAAAGUUUCUUGAGCUUCCACACGGAGUCGCCAAACACUGAAUAAAGCUCACGUGAGACACACUAUAGGACUGCUGGACUCACAGAAUGUGACACAUCCAACCAAAGAAACAAACACACAGCAGAAAAAUAGAGGAAGGUAAACAAGGACAACCAGAGCUAAUGGAGCAUCUAUGCAUCUGGGUGUGUUCAUUCAAAAGUGUAAAUUACAAAAAUGUGAAAGUGAAAUACAGAGUUAAAUGUUUGUUUUUUCUAUACAAUGGAAGUGAAUGGGGAUUGUAGCUCAAAUUUAAAAAGAGUGGCAUAAAAUAUUAGUGAAAAUAUUAGUUGCUAAUUCAUUUGGAUUUGUACAAUGUUUAAAAUAUUGUACUGCCUUAAGUUUUUUAGUUGAAUCAAGAUGAAGUUUUCUUGUCAUCUUAACUUAUAUCAGUUAAACUGACUAAAAAUAUUAAGAUAUCUAAUUUGUAUGUUUUGUCAUGAUCUUUUUGCACCCCGUUAAUGCUGGGUUCCACACAAUUCCUUCAUGUUGUCCCAACAUGAUUAAGUUAAAUUAAUAAUUUGUACAAAUUUAAGUGAAUUGAACGUAAACAUAUUAAGUUGUCCCUUAAAAACUUAUAGAAUUGUGUUGUUUCAACUCAUUUUAAGUAACUAAGUAGUUUAAACGCAGCAAAAGUCAUUUUAUGAGUGUGGUUAUGUUUAGGGGAGGAGUGAAGGGUGGUACUUUGUGCAGUUUUAAAAAAAUCUUACUAUUUAAUGGUUAAUUUGUAUGAACUUUGUUAUUUAGUUUUUGCAAGAUGUGCUAAAGAUCAGUCAAAGUCUGCUUCCAUGUUUGAAGUGGCGGUCCUUCUCUGUUUGACAGCUUCAGCCACAUUUUUUCUUAACCACGUCCCACUUAUCAUUAGUAAAAAUAAUGCACAAAAAGAAAUAUUCCGUUUCAGUUGAAAGUACCACAACAUAUUGAAAUAAGUCUCAUCAACUUCCGGUUCAGAUUUUAAAAUCGUAUAUAUUUUAAUGACUACUUUGUAUAAAUAUAUACAAUCUCAUUUGUUCCUUUUUGUUGGAUUUGCAUUUGCGCCAGGUGUGGUUAUAUGUUAAACGCAUAAUUAUGGGUAAGCUUUCAAGCCUAAUUUUUUUCUAAAGCUUUUGGAUUUGAGUGGCAGUUCUCUUUACGACCCAGUAACUGUGUUCAUGCAAUUUUGUGAGAAAGAGAUUCAUAUGAAUUAGUCACUAAUUUGCAAAAAAGGAAAACAUAACACCCAAAACAUAAACAUAUACAUUAGUCAACAUUUGAAGUGGAUCCUAAGCCCAGAAUGGGUUUCAGGAAAACAUUGGUGACUUUUGACUUCAAACGUUGACUACUGUACAGUAUAUACGCACAGCUAAAUUAAUAAAAAUUAAAAAGUGUCAAAUUAUAAAUGAUAAACUUUUUAGUUAAAUGGUUAUAAAAUUUAUAUGAGCAUAAAAAUAUAUAGUGUGGCCACAAUUUCUAAAUUAACCUUAUUUUUUAAAUAAUUGUUUUUCCCUUGCAUAUCCAUAUUUGACAGCCCCAUCCCCCAUUCAUUUUAACUGUAUAGAAAGAGCAGCAGGAACAUUCAACAAAAUAUCUUAAUUUGUGCUUCAUGGUAAGAAAAAAGUCAUAUAGAUUUGGAAAAAAAUUUUAAGUAAACUGUACCUUUAAGGACACAUUAAGUUCCAUAUUUGGAAUACAAAAGACGUGUGUUUGUGUGUGUGUGUUUGUCCUCAGUAGUCCAGCGAGGUAUUUUUAUUACACUGUGAAAAAUAUGAAGUAUUAGAAUGUGAAAUGCACUGGUAAGUGUAGUGUUUACAUCAUUUGCAUCUGCCUCAAUUAUUCAUACAAGACAUAAACCUUGCCUAUAUAUAUAUAGAUUUUUCUCAGUGAAAGGCAAAUAUGACGGUGCCUACUUUCUAUUUAAAUUUAAAAAAGGCCUAAAAUUAUCCUCAGGUGAAUACUUGUGAAUAUUCUUUUU